GAACAGCCUCGGAAGAUAAAGACAGCAGAGCAAAGGGCAGACAUGCGACUUCUCAUUAUAAAGGUUUCCAGCCCUAAAAUGGGGGUCCCUCUCCUGGGAUACACGUCACUGCCUGUGCAGACACCACCCUGCUCUCUCUGUGUCCCCCUGGGGGAAUUGGGGCUCAGGAAGCUGGUGCAAGAAAACACUGACUCUCUGCUACUGUUACUGCUUACAUUGUGCCCAUCCAAAGAACUUUGAAGGUAAUCUACGGUAUGAUACUGGACAGUACAGAAGGAUCCUGCCUUAAAAUGAUCCAGCCUCCUCUUCACUCAAGGUGUCCUCAGUCAGAGAACCUAUUCUUACGUGGAAAUUGAUCAGGGGAAUGCGAUUUCCUGAUGUGAUCAUCCAAAUCAGACCUCUUCUCACAAAGUCAAGAGAUUUAAUACUUACACGCAUCAAGAGGCCUGGUGAAGUGAAGAAGAGUUGAAGAAUCAGAGGGGUCACCAGCUAGUCUGAGCAGCCAGACCAAGGCAGACAUGGAUCUCUCUGUUUUGCCAAAUAACAACCAUCCUGACAAGUUCCUGCAGCUCGACGUGAAGGCUUUCAUGCGGAACACGGCCCUUCUGCAGGCCCAGCACUGGCAAAACCUGGUGUACUCACAGAGAGAAAAGAAGACUCUUAAUGCUCAGCGACUGAGAGGACCCAGUGCAGAGGGUGCUGUUGCUGCAGAGCAUCCCCCACCAUCCCUGACAUCCGUUCUGAAGAAUAACCCUCUCUAUGGUGACAUAAGUUUGGAGGAAGCUAUGGAAGAAAGAAAAAAGCACCCUUCGUGGACUGUUGAGGAAUAUGACAGGCAUUCCCUGCACACAAACCUUUCUGGGCAUCUGAAGGAAAAUCCUAAUGACCUGUGGUUUUGGUUGGGAGACAUGUACACGCCCGGUUUCGAUACCUUACUGAAGAAAGAAGAAGAACAAGAAAAGCAUUCAAAAUAUUGCCGUAUAGGUCUGAUUUUGCUCUUGGUUGCCAGCAUCUUGGUUUUCAUAGUGACUGUUUGCACAUUUUUCACCUAAAGAAACUGCUGCAGACACAGCCACUUGAAAGUUCUUAAAAAUCUUUCUAAAUAAACGUUUGCAGAAAAACA